AUGUUUCGACUUAUACUUCUUUUGGGUAUUUUGACCCUUCACCAAAGUGUCAAAAUCGAAUAUCCAAGUAAUGAAUUCAUCGAAGAACGUGUUCGAAAAGAUAUUGACUCAUUGGAUUCAAUUCUUCGUCAUUAUAUUGUUCCGCAUGAAAUUCAAUUCCAUACGAAUGCAGUUAAAGACAAUCUACCUUACUUUUUACAAUGUAAAGGCUCGACAAAAUCGAUUCAGUUUACAGUUCCCGAUUCAGCAACAAAACAUCUAUCCCUCGAUACUAAUUAUAAUACGAACACAAUCACUGCUAAAUUACGGCGAAAUCAAUUGACGUCUGAUUUAAUUGGACGUUAUAUAUGCACGGAAACAGUCAAAGAUAAAAAACAUGAGAAAGUAGUUCAUGUUUAUGUCCAAGAUGGAAAAUCUGUUUUCACGCAAAACGUAUAUCCGACAAUCUAUAAACAGACAGGUAUUCAUUUCUUUAAUAUUCCAUGCCAAAGUACGAACUGGUAUUCACGAAUGUCGUGUCCAAAUUCAAACCAAUGCCAAUCACGUCAAUGUAGUGACCGAGAACAACGAGUCGAUGAACUUAAAUGCAACAUACCUGUUUGUAAUGGUCGAGAUUUAUGUAUACCAGUUUAUUUUACGCCGGAUAAUUUAAACUCCGAAAAAGUAUUCUUUGAUCCACAGAUUGGCUUUGCGUUAGAAAAUCCCACCAUCGCGAAUUCCUUGAAUCAAUUUACUUGUAAGAGCAACUAUACACCGAGUCAACAGUCUCGUGUCCCCUAUGAUCCAUCCGACCCUGAAUACGUACAAAUCCAUCAGCCAAGUUUAAGUAUAAUAAGUGAUGAAACAGUACGAUUGACAUGUGAAAUUCAAUAUGGUACAAAAGUAGAUCGCAAAUCACCUGUACUAUUCUGGUUCGAAGAUAUUUAUAAAUUGAGUUUGAUUUCGAAUCAAACAGAUAAACCCGUUUUUAAUCUCCAGACUCAAAUUUACAGUCGAAACACUUCGAUGACAUUACGUGGCUUCAAACCAAACAAUGUUUAUCGAUUCUAUUGCGUACGAGUAUCUGAACAAGGCCUUUAUUCUCGUUCGAUCGAUAUCGCUUGUGUUGACAAGCCGUCACUCGAUCUCGAAGUAAAUCCAAGCGGAUCAGAAUCGAAUGACAAGAUUUCCUAUGGAUCAGAUGUUGUUUACGAUAUAAGUAUUUUCACAAUUCCACGCUCGACAGUCAUCCUCGAAUUAUCACGGAAUGGCAUUUCGUUAUACAAUGAUAAACGCUUCGAAUUGACACCCAUAACAAAUCAAGAAAAUCAAUUCUUGGAAUAUUCGUUAACGAUAUACAAUAUCACAUUCGAGGACGAAAAAGAUUUGAAGAUUUCGGCGAAAUCAUCCGCGUUAGCAAAGACAGUAGUGAUCAAACCAAAUAUUAUCGGUGAUCCGGUUGGUCAAUUCGCAUUUGUUCCUGAACAAAAGACUGAAACUAUUUCAUGGCGUGAUGAAAAUCACAAAGAUAAAAUCAACAUCUAUCCCUAUGGUGUUUCCCAACGAGAACCUUAUCGUGUUGUUUGUACAAUUCGUCAUCGUGCCGAUAUCAAUCGACCAUUGAGAGUUUCUCUUCAUUAUUCUCAAUGUUCACUUGACGCUUGCUUGGCAAGUCUCAUUCGAAAGACUUGUCAAACUUCGUCAGAUCAACAACUAAUCAGCACAACAUCGAAUCGUAUCACCGAUUAUGAAACGCAAUUUAUUAGCAGUGCUUCUCAUGCACUUCAUGAUCCAUCGAUUGGCCAUCAGUACCUCUGUUGUUAUGAACAGAAUGGAUUGGUGAGCAUUGCAAAAGGAAUAACAAUUCUCGCACACAAUCGUCACAUGUUUCAUGUUCAUAAACCCGAGUUCAGCCUAGUAACAGGCGAUGUUUUGACUUACCGCUGCGAAGCUCACGAUUUAGUUUAUGAUGAUUUAAAAAUGAUCUACAAUGACAAUUUAUUCACCUAUGAAAGAAAUCGCUUCGAUCAAGAAUGGCGUCUCAAAGACACUAAUCAAUUCAAACAGGUCGAUGUCGAUUGGAAUAUACCUGUGAAUGAAAAUAUUCAUAGUACAAUCAUCGAAGUUAAAACGCCAGUGUUGAGAGUGAUAGGCAAUAAUGGAUAUUUUCAAUGCAUUGGACUAUCAAAACGAUCAGAUAUUAUUCCGAACGCCAAUGAAACGUACCUGAUCGAUGUUGAUGAUCCUGAACAAUUACAAUUUAAAACUAAUCUACCAACGGUUUUGCGGCUAGAUCGAAAAAGUGGAGAGAAUGUCGAAUUCGAUUGUAAAUUCGAUGGACGGCCUAAACCGAAACUAGUCUGGUUAAAAGGGAAGACGCCAUUGAAAAACGAUGAUUCAACAUUGCAAUUCAGUGAUAAUAACGGAAGUAUAUCCAUCACUCGUGUCCAACCUACGGAUACAGGUUACUAUACAUGCCAAUUGAACAAUGGACGCGAUCAACAGCUUGAACGAAGUUUUGAUUUGCGAGUCAAAGGUACUAAUCCAUACUUGAAAUAUGGCCGUUUCACUGCGAUGAUAGUGAUCAUAUCAGUUAUACUUCUUCUCCUGAUAAUUAUUUUAUUGAUAAUCUUCGUUAUCAAGUACUUUCGGAUGAAGCACCGAGUUCAUGAAAGUAUUUUUCAUGAAUUGAAAGAAACUCCGUUACCCGAUGACUUCGCUACUACACCUCAAAUUCGCACAUUUCUCGGUUAUCUCAAUGGAGAUAUUUUACCAGCAACAAAAGAGGAUUUUAAACAGUUGGGUCACGGUCAGUUUGGUGUCGUGUAUCAAGUGAAUUUACCUGAAGUUGGACUCGUUGCUGCUAAGAGUCUUCCGGAAACGAUACGAAAAACAGAAUAUCGUCGCGAUGAACGAAAGAAAAGUCAUGAUCUUGAAGAGAGCGAAAAAAUGUUAAAUGAACACGAAAACCAAAAGAAGAAAGCAGCAGAAAUGUUGAUUGAAGAGAUCAAAAUUAUGCAUAAAGCAGGCAAGCACGUCAACAUUGUUGCGUUAAAGAAAGUAGCUUAUCCAGAGACAAGAUUUAAGUUUCUCUUCGUCGGUGGACCGAUGCGAGAUGAAGAUUCCUUUUAUCUAAUGGAACUGUGUUCAAACGGUUCUCUAGAAUCCAUGUUAAAAUACUUCAAUCGAUCACCGUCAGAUCGAGCAAAUCAAGGCAAAUCGUCUUUGUAUCAAACAUUGUCGACGCAAAAUAACAAAGAAAUGACUGUUGCUGAAGCAUAUGAACAAUGUCAACUAACAGAUGAUGAUUUGAAAUUAAUUGCUUAUCAAGUUGCUUGUGGCAUUGACUAUUUAAACCGAAGACAAAUAGCUCAUUGUGAUCUGGCAUCAAGAAACGUCUUGGUGACAUCGAGAUUCGUCAUGAAAAUAUGUGAUUUUGGUCUGGCGACGUGGACAACAUAUAAAGAUUAUCGCGAACAAUUGGCACAACAUGAAAGUGUUCAACUUGAAAAGAAAAGCAAUGAACUAGCUACACACAAUUUAACGCCAGAACUUGCGAAGGUAUAUCUACGCGCAUCGAGUACAGGAGAACAUUUAGCGUUAAAUAAAUCAUCGAUUAAGUCCGAUGUAUGGUCAUUUGGAAUCUUUUUAUGGACACUAUUUCUCAAAUGUCGAGUUCGUCCUUUUGAAAAGCUAUUGCAAGAAAUGGCACAGCAACCGGACGGUAAAACGUUCUUCCAUCGACUUGCUCUAGUUAUCAACGAAGGUCGUGUUCUCCAAUAUAUUGAUUAUCAAUCGGAAAUUCCUCGAAACAUUUAUGCAAUUAUUCGCGACUGUCUUGUUGAAGAACAUCGUCGACCAGAAAUGACACAAAUACGUGCUCUACUAUGUCACUCGAGAACGCUAUCUGAAGAGAUUUUUAAUUACUACCGAUUGGAAUACGACCGUUAUCAAGAAGCAAAUGCAACGAGUGAAAAUGUUGAGCGUUUUGGUGAGGUGCAAGGUGUAGAUGUUCUUCCAUCAUUUGAUGGCGAUAGUGCACAGAAUUCUCAUCAUGUCGAUGAUGUUACAUUCCGUCCGACAACAACAUCCGAUACGUAUUAUCCGCGCGAUUCAUAUUUAGCGCCUACUGCAAACUCAGGAAGAACGAAUACUAGUACAACUCCUCCUCAAACUUAUAUAAAUCAACCAGCGCCACCGCGAACAACCCCAAAACCUCACGAUCGUGACGACAGUUAUCUGUGA